AUGAACACAAAACAAAAAAGAUCCAGAGUCCAAGGUGGCUGGGCAGCUCCUAAGAAACAAACAGCAAGAUCUGAUAAGGAUAGAGUUAAGCCCCCUAAUGUUCCAGUCUGGACCAGUAAAAAUAUUGAUCAAGUUUCUGCGACUCCACAAUUUCUGUAUCAACAGCCUGAUGAGGAGAUAGAAUACCAACCGGCUCCUCGACAAAAUUGCAAAGGGGGUGUUUAUGAUAUCAGUGAUGGACCAUCAGGUAUUUCCAGGUUACGAUUCUUCCCUAAUUUCAUCAACCAAUCAGAUGCCAAUAAAUAUUACGACAUGCUGUAUCAAGGGUUACCAUGGAAACAAAACAGUUAUGUUAAAAAUGGUGUCACCCAUCUAAAUGACAGGUUAACAGCGUGGGUGGGUGAUCUCCCUUACUCAUAUUCGGGUAUAGUUCAUCCUGCAGACCCUAGUUGGAUACCACCAUUACCUACAUUAAAGGAUAAAAUAGAAGAUUUAACUGGGUAUAAGUUUAAUUCGUUGCUAGGCAACCUGUAUCGUGACGACAAAGAUGGAGUAGAAUGGCAUUGUGAUGACGAACCUGAACUCGGACCUCAGCCAAUCAUAGCCUCUGUUUCAUUAGGUGACGUCAGAAAUUUUGAACUUCGUCAGAAACCUGUACCAAAUACUGGAGAUUAUACAUUUAGUCAAAUAGUGCGAAUGCCUUUAACUCAUGGUUCAUUGCUUAUUAUGGAGGGUGGGACACAAGAUGAUUGGCAGCAUCGAAUACCCAAAGAAUAUCACGACAGAGGACCACGAAUUAACUUGACAUUUAGAGUUAUCUACCCUAAACCUUAA